AUGAUAGUAAGGCCUAUUAUCACCUAUGGAGCGGUGGCUUGGGCCACCAAAGCAGCUCAGUCUUCGGUGAUCCAGAGACUGUCAAUGCUGCAAAGACUUGCCUGUGUCUGUGCUUCGGGGGCAAUGCGCAUAUGCCCCACUGUGGCACUGGAAGUCAUACUGGAGCUCACACCGCUGCACCAGGUGAUAAGACAAGCAGCAAACCACACCAUGCUGCUAAUGUCAGCAGAAGGCUGCGGUAGAGAAAAGUUAAUGUCCUCCAGACAGAUGAACACACUAGCGGAAAGCACACCGCUGGUCCUCCUCCCAAAGGACGGCACAACGAAGAAAAUAAACUUCAAAAGGAAUUUCAAAGUUACUCUCGGCAGCAAGACGGAGUGGAGCGAUUCCACGCUGGAAAAACUGCUGGAAGACAGUACCAUCCAGUGGUACACCGAUGGCUUAAAAACACCGGAAGGUAUUGGGGCAGGUAUUGCGGGACCGCGUACUAAGCUGUCCAUACCAAUGGGCUGCUUCCCAAGUAUCUUCCAGGUUGAAAUUCUUGCCAUAGGUCAGUGCGCUGAAGUCAACCUCAGCCGCAACUAUCGCAACCAGCGUAUAGCUAUUCUCAGUGAUAGCCAAGCGGCACUUAAGGCCAUUUCAUCAUAUGAGAUCAAAUCGCUUUUAGUCGAGGAAUGCAUAGAGAGGCUAAACCGCCUGUCCUUGUGCAACCGGGUGCACCUAAUUUGGGUGCCAGGGCACAAAGGAAUAGAAGGUAACGAGAAGGCCGACGAAGACCAGAACCAUACAUAG